AUGGGGUUGUUCAUCCAGCAGCAGCGGCGAUGGGGCAUACGGGGUUUGUUUUUCCACGCGCCACGCGUCGACAGCCGUCGUUUCAUCCAUUUAGGUUGUUCACAAAACGCGUUACUGCGCCCAUCGAUCGCACCAUUUGCCACAAAUUCGUUCCCCUUAACACAUCAGAAGCAGCAUCAGCAUCAUUCACAGACACAGUCACAGUAUCAACCACAUCAUUACCAUCACAAACAGCAGCAUCACCAUUCGCAAACGCAACAUCAAACACAUCAGCAUCAGCAUCAAUACUCAAAACAACAGCAACAACAGCAACAGCAACAGCAACUAGGACGUUUCAGUGUGUUACGCCCAUUCCGUAGCGGAUGGAACCGAUUUUGCUCCCAGUGCCGCGGAAGAAAGUGUUUGAUUGUGGCAGCAGCGUGUAUUUUGGGGUGCUGUAGUUAUGUGGUGUUGUGUCUCGCUUUGUGGUGGCGGCAGCAGGAGGCGGUGGGACGUCUCUUCAGCCCACUGGAGGAGCACCCACUUGAAGAAUGGUCCCUCGUGGAGCCAACACUUCGUGAAGGGGACAUCAUCCUCAUGAUGGGAACUGGAGAAAUCAGCUCAAAGAUAACUGCUGCACAGUAUGUCUACAGUGGUAUGCGUGCCGCAGCAUUGCGAUACUCGCAUGUAGCUGUUGUAGUGGAGCCUGCGCAUUUUGACCGGUUGCGCUCGAGGCGAACAAGCUUUGCGUAUGACAUCCGCAACAACAGUGAUAAUGGUAGCAGCAGGAGUAACAAUAAUAGUGUUGAUGGCAACAUUGCUGACAGCGUAAAUGCGGAGUACGGUGGUAUGUUGUUGACUAGGCCUCUCUCAGCAGGAAUCAUGGGUGAAGGACAGUCGCUGUUUGAGCGACGACCGAGGCGUGGGGCGGUUAUUAUGGAGGCCAUUGACAACAUUGAUGUCAAUGCACCUGAUGUUAAUGGCCACGUGCGACACAAUUGUGUUCAGCUGGUGGAAGCGAGUCGUCGUCUCUUUGGGCGGCACGACGAGAAGUGGUGCUACCGCCGUUUUGCCGUGCGCCGAUUGAAAGGUUUUGAGUGGACUCCGCAACGCAAGCGCCUUCUCCGUGAGUUUAUCAACGAAAACGUUGGGCGCCCUCUGGACACGAAUUCCGCCCUGAUGCUUAGUUACAUUCACCCGCGGCUUUAUGAAUGGGUGGGUGGGCGGCCACAUGGAAAUGAAAUUAGCUGUGGUGAAUUAAUUGUGGAUCUCUACAAGCAUUGUGGAGUGAUACGACGGAGAGAGCGGCCAAUAACCAACAGUGGGGUCAUGACAAGCGGUUUGUUAUCACCAACACCGGUAACGUCGGCAGUAGCAUUAACAACAAGUUUGGAAGAUGGAGUUGAAGGUAAUAAAGAAAGGGAAAAAGAGUGUGUGGAGGAAUAUUACGCCAGACCAAGCAUUCAAACAGCACCGUAUCAAUUUGCAGAGGGAGAAGAGGUUGGGGUGCUGGACUUUGCGGAGGGAAUUUCUUUGGGACCGGAGGUGCGUAUGUGCCAUCCAUACGCAACACAGCAGUCCUGA